CAGUGGAUCCAAUGUCAAACAGCUAUGAAUUGGGGGAUCUCAAAGAUGGCACAUCAUAUGGAGUCCAGAUAUCAGGUUUCACUGAGGCGGGAGUUGGAGUACGAAGCACACCAAUCUUCUUUACAACAAAAUAUCAAGAACUUUCUAAACUCAUUGGUGUCAUCACAAUCUUUGCAGUUAUAGGCAUUGUGCUUAUAUUUGGAUCUCCGGUAAUAAAAAGAGCAAAAGUCAUUCUGUGGCCGAGCAUACCUAACCCUGGAAAAAGCAACGCAAUGCGGAAAAUAGAAGAGCCCUGUGAACUGGAACUACUAGGAUCCAUAAACCACCUGGAGGUGGAAGAAUGGGAUACAAACAGCCUGAAGAUAGUAGAAAAACAAGAAGUGAUCCCUGCUAGCCCGUUGCCAUCAAUGUUGCCGCUCCUCCACGCCUCAGAUGAUGAGGAAGACUCAACAGAAAUGACUUGUAACUGGAUCCAGGGAGACACAGGAGACUCAACUGAUGAAAUCCCAUCUGACAUUACUGGAAAAAUCAUCCCAGACAUCAACAGGAUAGACCCCCAGAGCUCUCCUUUCACAUUUCCAUGUGACUAUACGACAAUAGAAAUGUUUCAGCAGGGGAUUACUCAGAGCAUGCCAGCAAGGACAUCCUUUUCUCAAGACACAGAAAGCGACCCAGAGGACACAGAGUGGACUGCGAUGAAAUCAGGAUUGGACUAUAUGAGCCAAUUUAGUACUAGUCCAAUCUUGGACGGCAAGGAGAUGUCCACGAUUUUUUUAAAAGAGUUUGGAACAGGAACACAAGAACCAUUGUCCAUGAACAUCUGAAUCAUUCCACAACAUCCAGAACCUCUAUACUGUAUUUCUACGCUACUUGAAAAUGCACAUUAACAUCUCUGCUCAUUUCUUAAGAUACAUCUUUGAACAUAAAGUAUGCUAUUUUCAUCUUUACAUGGAUAACCUUGAAGUUUGAAUAAAAAGGGCAAAAAAGACCUCAUUUACAUGCCCUGGCUUCAUAAGCAUUAGUGAAAUGAUUAUAAUCACUUUGAAAUGAAGUUCAAUUGAACAAUCGUCUCAAUGCCUUUUCUAUAUCUGCAACUGUGCAGAGAUGCUGAGUUUAAACAGAAAAAGAAAAACAUGCAGCAUUUAAAUAUAAACUUUUUCGCUAAUGAUUCAAAUCUUUCGGAAUGGAACUAUUUUACAGUAAAAUCACCAGAUUCCAAGAAAGCUAACGUCGAAAUCAGCAAUUACUUGGUGGAAGGACACAACUGAGACCAAAUGACUGAAUGAAAAGUGUCUUUAUUGAGUGUUUUUGGAAACAGAUCAGAUGUUUUGUCAGUUUCAAACUGAGGAUGAGCACAUACAUCCAGGCUCUUCAAAAACAGUGUGUUCACCAAACCUUUAGAUGAAGUCCCAAACACAGAUAUCAAGUGCCUUAUCCCCCAGAACAAACCAUGAAUCUUUUCUACAUGUUGACAAUACAUGGUGGAUACAAAAUAUGGUUUGUGUUAUUGUGUCGAAAAUGUUUUUUUAUUUUGUAUUAAACAUUGUCACGACUUCACCACUACAAACUGAAGCUUUGUGUCAAUGAAAAAAGCAAAGAACCUAUUAGGUUUGUAAAAGCCAUAAAGGUGGAAUUUAAAUUCCAUUUCAAAUUAAAGCUUUCCUAAAAGCACUGAUGUUAAUGCGGGGCCAGUUUGCGGAAACAUCUUUGACACAAUCACAAUUAUGCAAACUGAACAGCAAAUUUAAACAUGAUAGAACAGAUUGUGAAAUAAAAGACAAAUUCACUGAAGGUUCAAUCUACUCUAUUCAUUACUAAAGACAGCUGACAAUACUUAAAUAUAACUUCACGUAUUUUACAUCCUAAACCAUAAUUCCAAGUUGCAUCUGUCAAUAAGUCUCCAUAUUUUAUUAGAAUAUUCUGUACAAUCUUAGUCUAGGCACUUUUUGACCCUUCUGUGCGUGCAAGUAGUUAUUUGACCUUUGACAUAUCCAGGCUCUGUUUGCGUCUCACUUUCUUUAGAGCAAUAUGAGCCAACACACAUUUUGCACACCACCAUCAUCUUUUUUACAGUAUAGGAUUUUUUAGUAUUUAAAAAACAGUAAAUACCUUCUUUUUUUAUCUCACAGCAUUACAACAACAACAACAGGAAAAAGAAACAUUGUGACAGCUAUGAUUUAGCAACUAACCUGAAAUAUAUAAAAGCAAGUGAAAGUACACUCAUAAAACAAAAUAUAAAACGAUGAAUUCAUGGUGACCAUAUCAGAAAUGUUUCUUUUUAUAAAACACAUUAGCAACAUGUUGAAAGGAACAGUAUAACACCAUUUUGCAUUCUCACAUUACAACACUUCAAGUCUCAACAGCAGUUGACCGGUUCCAGGAGGCAGAGCAGGGAGAAAAAGGACAUUUCACAAACCUGGUUGUCAAAUCUCCCUUUAACGCCACACAAAGGGCAACUUUUCAAUACACUCCUUCAUGCUCUUACACCUUACAAGUUACCAUUUGUUUCACUC